AUGCCUCUGAUUAGAGGGAAAGUCGUGCUCAUCCUCGGCUUCGUCUUUCUGACAACUUUCCUGGCUGCGGUGAGAGGGCUGCCCGUGAGGAAACAGCGCAGCAACAGCCCGAAGGAGAGGAGCUCCAAGCUGGCGGAGGUCUCUGCCUCGUCCGACCCCCGUUCGGCGGGGGACAAGGAGCUGCCGCCAUCAGGCAAGGCGCGGGGGCUGCGGCGGAGCGGGCAGGCUGGCCCGCGGCGGCACAGGCGCCGUGGGGUGGCUCAGCAGGCUGCCAGGAGCCCGGCAGUGCCCCAGCCCAGCAGCGCUGGCCGGGAGGAGAGCCUGCCCUUCGUGCUGGACCUGCAAAGCUUGCCGGGGCUGGCCAACGUGGACCUGAGUGCCCAAAACCCCAACAUCCAGGUGACCAUCGAAGUGGUGGAUGAUCCUCAGGCCGAGAUGGAGAUGGACUUGUUGAAGGAGACAAGCAAUGACUGGUCCGUGAUGUCCUCUGAGUGGUUGUCCCACAAGGACCUCUUCUGGCCCCUCUUCUGGGAAUACACCGACCCCGCUGAGGAGGAGGAGGAGGAGGAGGAGGAGGAGGAAGAGGAGGAAGAGGAUGACAACCUGGAUGUAGGGGACAGGGAGGAGGAAGAGGAGGAGGAGGAGCAAGAUUACACAGCAGAGUAUGAGGAGGAAGAGUCCAUGCUCAGUGGAGUGGGAGGUGACUGGGACCAGCUGUGGCCCGGGCAGAAGAACUGGAUCUUUAAGGAAAAAUAUAAUUACGACUACGAAGAUGAGGAGGAAUGGAGCCUGUGGUCCCCUUGCAGCAUCAGCUGUGGCAGUGGCAACCAGAAGAGGACCCGGUCCUGUGGCUACGCCUGCACAGCGACGGAGUCAAGGACCUGCGACCUGCCGCGCUGCCCUGGAGCAGAGGGGGAAAUGGUCUUCCCCACAGAGGAGAUGCCUUUCAAAAGCGACAACGCCACAGAGCUGUUCAACUCAGAGGUGGACAGCUGUGAGAAGUGGCUGAACUGCAAGAGCGAUUUCCUCACCAAGUACCUGAGCAAGGUGCUGACAGACCUGCCCAGCUGCCCCUGCUCCUACCCACUGGAAGCCGUCUACAGUGCUGUCAACCUGCGGGAUGAGCAGCAGGGCAAGAGCUUCCGAUGGCGGGACGCCAGUGGCCCCAAGGAGCGCCUGGACAUCUACAAGCCGACGGCACGCUUUUGCCUGCGCUCCAUGCUCUCCCUCGACAGCACCACCCUGGCUGCCCAGCACUGCUGCUACGACGAGCACACCCACCUCAUCACCCGCGGCAAGGGGGCUGGCGUCCCCAACCUCAUCAGCACUGAGUUCUCCCCGGAGCUGCACUACAAGGUGGACAUGCUGCCCUGGAUCCUCUGCAAGGGCGACUGGAGCCGCUACCAUGCUGUCCGGCCCCCCAACAAUGGGCGACAGUGUGCUGACAACCCCGCCGAGGAGGAGUACCUCUCCCAGCUGCAGGAGGCCAAGGAGUACUAGCCGCAGCCAUGCUCAGAGGAGCCACGGCCACUGCCGGCUCCCACCCCGGUCCAGCCUGGCAAAGCCCCGGCCCUACUCAUGGGCUCCUUGCUGGCGCCGGGCAGAGCGGGUAGGAUGUGCCGUCCAUCUCGUCCCCUCAGAGGGGCACCUCAGCCCCCCCCAGAUUUCCGAGGGCACUGGAGGUUAUUGCAGUGUGAUCCCUGCGGUGCCAACCGGGGCGGUCCCACACCCCGGGGUGCCUGGGCUGGCACGCGGGGAGCUGCAGGGGAUGGGAAGCAUAAAGGGAAUGGGGAGCUGCUCCCGUCUGCUUUUAUUCUCUACAAUCUUUCAAUGCAACCUGAAAGCUGAGUGUC